GAAGUUUUCCUACCCUGCGCAUUCGGUUCACACGCCUGUCAUCGUAUUCUAGCAAAGGAAGCACCAAAGGCAGGCAAAGCACGUCUUUUCGAGAAGUCGACCGGGGGUUCUGGGAGCUCUCCGCAGUGCUGCACGACUGAAUGUCUCUUUUUGCCGUUGUCUCAGAGACUGCACAACCAAUUUGCUGCUCGCGCGCGGAGGCCCCCGCCUUACCUCUUUCCGAUAUUGUAUAUUGUAUCCAUUACAUCUUGGGCUUCUAGGACAUCGGCCGGACCUCUGCUUGCGAAAUCCAGCUGUCUGCUGCUUUUUUGUUUGUGCAACUGUCCCCAGCAGUCAGUCGCAGUUGGAGCCUCCAACCCAUCUCUGUCUCUCUGUGCAAUCUUGAGCCAGCCACAUCUGGGGUUUCUCUGGCAGGGUAUAUAGAUACCUUGCUUCCAAGAUCCUGCACAUUUUGGGCCUCUCGUAGACACUUCGACUUAGACAACUACAUCUCCAGAACCGAGACUCCUUCGAUAUCCAUCCAGAACGAAUAGAAGCUAUUGGUAUCGACUUCUCAAGUUACUGCACCUUCCUCGCAUUACGGCCUACAACAAUUCACUUCGAAAGCCUAUCCGAUACUCGGACAGACAAGACAUUGGCCAACAAAAGUCUAACAUCUGAUCAAUACGAAAAGUUGGAACACGAGAGAAUCGUCAUAUAGUACGUGGAAACCGCAACUCUUCCUCCUUUCCCCCUCGUGAACUAUCACUAGGUCUCUUUGGCGCGAUGCUCCCUCUUCGUAAGUUGUGGGUGGCCACCCAGGGCGAUUUGCACCAGGGUUCGUUGGCUAGGAUCCAUCUUGCCGGUUCCCCCACGUCAGAACCUGAUUCGCGUUGAUUGAGGACGGGGACAAUCGCUGGCUUGCUGGCCAUUGCUGAUGAGGCAGCUGCACAAUCUGUCGCUGAAAGAUUAAUGAGAACUAACUCCAUUUCAGGUACCUAUAGCAAUCUGUCGUGCUCUUCUUCCUGCGAGUAAGUAAGACCGCGUUCUCCAUUCAUCAACUCGUGUGGAGGAGAACGACCCAGCCAGACCAUCUCCAACAAGGAAAGCGCAACCAGAUAGGCGGGAAAGACAGCGGCUUGAUGUGCGCUGCAUGAGGCAGUCUUGGAAUCCGCGCAGAGGAUUUGUCAAUGUUUACGGCACAGCUGUAACGGCGUGAUGCUGUUCUUGCCCUACCCGUGGAUCAACAGCGGUGUCUCUAACACGAUCGAUCGAUCAUGCUGGAGCGGUGGGUGAUGCGCUCAUGGGUCAAAAAGAAACGGCCACGUUUGUUUCUGACAGAGACGCAAGUUGGGUCCGUUGCUGACGGCAGAAUUGAAUUGGCUAGGUCAAGCAGGAUAAAGAGCUGCACGCAAACCCUUGGCAUGACAGGGGCACUCUUGGAGAGUCAACCGGUGAGUAUUGAAGCCCCGUGAGCCCGCGUGGAGCGUUGGGAAGAGUUUCUUUCGAGUCGAUUCUUGGAGCCGAGCGAAGAGGCAGAACAGUCUACAAGACGAGCAUCGCGGCAAAUCAAGCCAGUACCUACCGAAUAUCUGAGAGGGAAAAGCAACAGAAGCAAGUCAGUGGAAAAGGAUUGGUUGAGUUUGUCGGGUGUGUUGGUGGGAUGGUUGGGCUGGGUUGGUUGGAAAUGGAGCCAGGAUGUUUGUUAUGGGAACAUUGUGUGCUGACAGUUGCGUUGUCGAAACAGAGGAUCGAGGAACUGGGGCGACGAGAGCGCUGUUCCAGCGCCAGCACCAGCACCAGCGCCAGCAUCAGCACCAGAUCACCGCCCCUCUACUACGGCACGACACCCCUCGUGGCCGGCACGGACGACCGUCGUAUGAAUCCUCAACAGCUGCCAAAGGAGUUCGAACCGUCGACAGGCUAUGAUUACCUUGACAUGCAAGCAGCUUCGAGCAAUGACAUGCGAUACGAACACAACGCCAAUGCUUCUCUGUCGACGAUCGAAGGCCCGCCACAACAGUCGACACUCUUAAACCUGUUCAAUCCACCUAUAAGCAACACCACUCCGUACUCCGCUGACGGCGGCUUCUACCAUCCAGCCACCUCUCACGUCUACCCCAGCCUGGACGUCGUCAGGCCUCGCCUGGGUUCAAACACCUCUUCAACGGGUAUGGCACAUGCCCACCGCUCCACAGCAUUACCCCAUCCUGGCACACACAUCAGCACUCGAGACCAGUAUUCUCCAGCGACGCCAUCCUUCAGGAGGGUGUCGGAGCACCAGCCUAGAUCUCCAUCGUACCCGACUGCUCUACGCCGUCACCCCAUCUCGCCAACUUCCAGUCCCAUUACCGGUUUCACGGCGCCCACGGCUCUGAGGAUGGACUCCGGUCACUACCCUUCGUCCUCCUCGAGGGUACAGGCGAGCGUGCCUCCACUGGGCAGCAUCAACCCCCUCGGCAUUCUCCAAUACACUGACGGAAACAUGGGGCAAGUCAAGAUUGACAUACAGGGCAAUAUCGACAAGGGCUUCUUCCAGUCUGAAGGAGACUGGACCUGCUACAGGAGGAACUACUUUUCUUGCAUCUGCUCAUUCGGCCUGACCCCGCACUAUCCUGGUCAGGGUCUACAAUUCACACCGCAAGGCUCGACACAACCGUACUCAGUUCUCGGUUUCGCCAUGUCCAUCUCUGCUGUUGUUGCUGAGAACGAUGCCCAUGUUAUCGACCUCGUACAGCAUACGCCUAAAAGAGACAAAGGUCCCGUCGAGAAACCCGGCAAAGUGCGCCUCCACCCGAAACAUCCUCAAAUGUCGCAUCCUCUCGGCCUCUACCCCCACGAUACCGGGAUGGGAGGAUCGUCAAGACUCGGCGGGUAUGAUGCCCCAGGGGGAUUCGUUGGUCAACAAGGUGGCGGUGACUCGUACCAGACAGAACACACAUUUGAGCGCAUCCAAUUCAAGCAGGCUACAGCAAACAAUGGGAAGAGGCGAGCUGCCCAACAGUACUAUCACCUUUUGAUUGAGUUGUGGGCCGAUGUAGGAUCGCAAGGCCCGGACAACUAUGUGCGGGUCGCCUAUCGAAAGUCGGCCAAGAUGAUUGUGCGUGGCCGGUCGCCAGGGCACUAUCAGAGCGAGAGGCGCGCCAGCACAAGCAGCGGGCCAGGAGGCUCGGGCGGGAGCUUCACCGGAUACCCCACUAACUCGAUCAUCGGUCCCGACUUUGGGGCCGCAGGUGCGAUGGUCGGAAGCGGAUACGGGGGAGGCUUUGACUCCCGGGGAAGCGCCCAUUACGGGUCGACACGACACCAUCCGGAACUCGAGACCAUGCUGCCGCCAGAAGACGCCAAAGCCAUCGAGACGACGAAGGAAUACCAAUAUUAUCCAGGUCAUAUUUACGACACGAGCGAUUCCAGGGGUGGCGUGGAAAUGUUCACCCAUAGCCGACACGCGCAGGACAACUUGGUACCGCACAUGACGCCAACCUACGAUCCUCUUCACGACAGGGUCAAGCGGGAUCCUGAGGGGGCGAUGUUGCCAAGCAUUUUCCAACCUGGGGCACUCGUGUCGAAUCAAAGGUGCGGUCCUUUUGAGGGUAAGCCGACGUCGGGUGGGUACUACCCAACAAUGGUGCCCCCGUCUGGUGUCAAUGUCUCCAACAUGACAUGAAGAGACAUGAACACAAGCAAUUGUUACGGAUACCAAGUCCGCCAUGGUAGAUCGCGGUCUGUACAAUGAGGAACCCCGCAGCGGUUUUGGGUCCACCAGCAGAAAGAGGACAAACCGUUUAUCAGCAAAUAGCUGUUUUUCUUUGGGGUCCUCUUCUUCUGUUUUCGUUUUUCGAGGAAAUGAUGAAAAUUUGGCAUAAACACGAAGGCGAGAUUUUGGCGUAUGGGAGCAACACAGGCAUCAGGAACACCACUCGAUACCCGAACGAGACUGAAUGCAUCGUUGACAUUGAGUAAGCACAACAUGGGCAGGGGGGAAAACAAAACAAAGGGAUCACGGCGAAUUGGCGCGCGGAAAAGAGAAAGAUGAUUGUUGGUUUGAAAUGGGAUGGAGGGAAAUUUGGCCCCAGCACACCCCGACAUUGAAACAUUUUGGGAAGGAAAAGUUUGGGAAAAACAAAAAAUACAUUGUCGGCCAGGGGGCCAAGGGGGGGGGGGGGGGGAGGCGGGACACGGUGAACGACAGAUAUUGUUAGGGAUACCCGCCGCGCAUUGUUGUUUUGGGAUCUCGUUCUCUAUUUUGUUUCCCGUUUAUGUUUGGGGUUUCCUUCGUUCACGGCUCCUCCUUCUCUGUUGUAACCCCACCCCCCCUCUCUUUCUCGAAAGGCCAUGCGGCGUUGUAAUAAUGUGAGGAUAAGGAACAUUCGCUUCAACAAAGACAAAGUUUUUAUUUUCCUAUCGAGUCGGACAUUGAGAGGAGAGAAAGAUACCACGGCAUGAUGGGAUAUGGAGACUAGUGCUUGGGGGGAGGAUGGCGUACGAAGUUUCAAGGCGGAACGGACUGAGUGUAGUUUUCUUCUGGAGGGCCAGGUACUGGGGAAGCAGCGGCGGGUGCCAAUGCCAGGUACUUGGUUUGUUUAUUAUUUUUUGGAGGGGAGAUCAAUUGUGGCAAUUUCAGCUUGAGCUUCUUGACCCUUUCCCACAUGUUCUUGUCCUUUGCGGCGAAAAUUUUGACAAUGUUAUCCCACCCCC